UUAAAUUUUACCGCUAAAAAAUGGCUGCCAAUAGAGAUAAACUAUGUGUGUGUGUUGUCAUUUUGUCAAUAUGUGUGUUUGAUGAUGAUGAUGAUGUUGAUGAUUUUUGCGCUUGUGGUGGAUAGUGGAUACAUAUCAAUACAUAUAUGUGUGUGCAAAUUAAAAUGGCCGUAAGCAAGCACCAGACAUCAUGUACCAAUGUCUAAUUUUUUUUUUUUCACCGGUUUAAUUAUUAUUAACAGUUGUUAUCCUUAUUUGUUAAAAAAUUUAAAAUAAUAUUUUUCCAAAUAACUUAUAAACAAGCAACAAUAAUUGUUAAAUAAUUGUUACAUGUGAUUGUGUGUUUAUUGUAGAGAAAAAUUAUUAUUAUUAAAAAGAGAUUCUUGUGUGUUGAAAAUAAGAAGAGAAGAGGAGAAAAAAAAAAAAAAAAAAAAAACAGUUUGGUGAAAUAGUGUUAAAGAUUUUUCUUUGAGUGAAAGCUGGUUGUUGGUUCUGUUGGUCAAUGUUUAACUGUUUUCAGGUGUUUGUACCCAGGUCUUGGAUAUAAUAAUAAUAAUUGUAAAUAUGGAAAAUUCAAUGGUUCAUGUUUAAAAUAAUUGAAAAUUGCUUUUUUUUUUUAAAUUGAUAUUAUUGUCAAGAUGCGGGAGUCAUCAAGUUUGAUCCUCAAAUGGUUAUUGGGGAUCUGAGUCACUAUAAAAAUUAAAAGACACUAUUUUUAUUUAAAUAGAUUAAAUAAUAAUAAUAAUAAAAAUAAAAAUUGACAAGAAAAAUAAUAUAUAGAUAUAUAGCAAUAAUAAAAAUAAUAAAAAUAUAAAAUAAAAAAAUAAUCAUGUCGUUUUUUUCAAAUUUGAAAAAAGCAUUCCACUUUGGUGGUAAUGAUGCUAAAAAGAAAAAAAUAUACAAUAAUAUUAAAAUUGAUUGUGAUCCAUCUGAAUUUUGGGAUAUGAUUGGUGAACUUGGUGAUGGUGCAUUUGGAAAAGUUUAUAAAGCUCAACAUAAAGAAACGCAACAGCUGGCUGCUGCAAAAAUGUGUGCACUUGAAGGUGAAGAUGAUUUAAGUGAUUUUAUGAUUGAAAUUGAUAUAUUAUCAGAAUGUAAACAUCCAAAUGUUGUUGAAUUACAUGAGGCAUAUUUUAUGGAUUCAAAAUUAUGGAUGUUAAUUGAAUAUUGUGAUGGUGGUGCUGUUGAUUCAAUAAUGGUUGAGCUUGAAAAACCAUUAACUGAACCACAAAUAUCAUAUGUUUGUCAACACAUGACAAGGGGUCUUAGUUUUUUACAUAAAUCAAAAAUAAUACAUAGAGAUUUAAAAGCAGGAAAUGUAUUAUUAACAAUGGCUGGUGGUGUUAAAAUUGCUGAUUUUGGUGUAUCUGCUAAAAAUAAACAUACAUUACAAAAACAUGAUACAUUUAUUGGUACACCAUAUUGGAUGGCACCAGAAGUUGUAUUGUGUGAAACAUUUAGAGAUAAUCCCUACGAUUGGAAAGUUGAUAUAUGGUCACUUGGUAUAACAUUAAUUGAAUUUGCUCAAUUGGAACCACCAAAUCAUGAAAUGUCACCAAUGAGAGUAUUAUUAAAAAUACAAAAAAGUGAUCCACCAAAAUUAGAACAACCUGGUAAAUGGAGUAAAGAUUUUAAUGAUUUUAUUGCAAAAGCAUUAAUUAAAGAUCCAACACAACGUCCAACAACUGAUGAAUUACUUAAUCAUCCAUUUAUUAAUUGUACACUUGAUUCAAAACCAAUACGUGAUUUAUUAUUGGAAUAUAAAGCUGAUGUUGUUGAGGAAGAACUUGUUGAUGAUGAAGCUGAAGAACACCGCACAUCACAACUGCCUCUGGAAUUGGACCAACUCGGAGAUGAUUCAACAUCAAUGCGAAGUGACACUGAAAUUAAAGUUGCAGAUAAGGACAGUGUUUCGCCCGUUAAUUCAACCAAGGAGGAAAAUAAUAAACGGGAAAUUCAAAGAGAUGAAGAAAAGGAAGAAAAGAAUAAUAAAAAACUUCGUAAGGCAGAUUCCAAAGAAUGUAUUCCUCAAACUGUUGAGAAAAAGCCUGCACCAAAGCCUCCAGUUUCUUCUUCAAUUGAUUCAAAUGAACGUCGUGCAUCACGAGAUAAAGGACCAGCACCACCACCUCCACCACAAUCACAAUCACAAUCACAAUUACAAUCUUCCAAUAGUAAAAAUGAUUCAAAUAUUGAAAAUAUACCAAAGCUCACGGAUAAUAAUAAUAAUAAAUCGAGUGCAAUGGAUAUUGUUGAAUCAAACAUCAUUCAAGACAAAAUUAUAUCAAAUGAAAAUAAUAAUAGUACUAGUAAUAAUGAUAAUAAUAAUAAUAAUGAUAAUGAUAAUAGUAAUAUUAAUAGUAAUAGUAAUAGUGAUAGUACGAGUAUACCAGUAUUGGAUGAAACUAAUUUGAAAAAAAAUAAUAAAACAAGUCAAGAGAAUAAAAUAACAAAGGCAAAUGUUGACAAAACAUUAUUGCAAGAUAAAGAGAAAUUAAUUAAUAAAGAGACUUUAUUAAAUGAUAGUAAAGGAAUAUUGGACGCAAACUCAAAACAAAUAAAUGAUAGUAUACAAAGUUUAGAAUCAAAACGUAAAACAGUUGAAGAUAAAUUAAAUGCAGUACUUGAAAAACAUGUAGCUAUGAAAGAUAAUCAUGAUGAUAAUAAAUUAAUAACGACAACAACAAAAAAAUCAAAUUCAACUGAAAAUAUAAAAAUAAAUAAUCCAUUACCAACAAAAGUUGAGCUUAUAAAAAGUAAAAGUGUUGAUUCAUCACGUCUUAAUGAUUCAUAUGAUAAUAAUAAUAAAUCAAUAUCAGAUGAUAAAAUAAAUGAUGUGACAAGUGACACUGUUGAUCGUUCAUUAGCAAAUACAACAGCAUCAUCAAUAAAUGUAUCAGUUGUAACAUCAUCAACACCACUUAAAAAUAAACAACAAAAGACUGAUUUACAACAUGAAAAUAAUAAUAUCAAUAAUGAUGUUGUUGUUAUAACUGGUAAUAAUAAAAAUAAAAUAAAAAAUAAUGAUAAUCAAGCAAAUACAUUAACAACAGUUAGAAUAAUAUCAGAAUUACCAACAGAUACAUCAAAUAGUCUUGCAUCAAAUAUUAGUCAAGUAACUGUUGUUACAACAACUCAUCCACCAGUAUUAAUUGAUGCUGGUUCAUCAUCAUCAUCAACAACAACACCAACAUUAUCACGACGACAAUCACCAACAACAACAAUAUCUGAAGUUGUUAUUGUUGCUAAUGAAACAAAUAAAACACAAGUCAAUGAAUCAUCAACUGAUGAUGAUGGUGGUUGUUUUACAAAUCUUGAUUCACUUGAAUAUACAACACAAGAACAACCAAUUGUUAUAACUGAAUCAUCAUUGACUAAAAAAAUUGGUAAAAAAUUGGAUGAAUCAGAAGUUAUUAUUGUUAGUCCAUAUAAUGAAGAUAUUGAUACUAGUCAUGUUUCAGUUGUAACUGUUGGUGAUGAUAAUGAACAAGUUAAAGAUUCAUCAAUAUUAAAUAAUAUUAAAUCAUCAAAAAAUGACGAUGAAAUUGAAAAUAAAAAUUCAAUAAAACAAAUGAAUGGUGGUAGUAAAUUAUUGAUGACUGAUGUUGUUAUUGUCAAUAAUAAUAAUAAUAAUAAUAAUGAUGGUAAUGUUUCACGACCACAAAGUGAUUCAAGUUCAAUACGUUCACAUACACCAAAUAAAAGUAUUGAUCGUUCAGAUGUUGAAUCAAUAGCAACAACAACAAGUCAAGAUAGUCGUGGAUCAAAUAAAGAUAUAACAACAACAACAACAACAUCUACUGUUAUUGCUACUACUACUACUGCUACAGAUACUUCUACUUCUACCACCACCACAACUGAUAAUGAUAAUAAUGAUAUAAAUAAUGGUGUUGUACUUAGAAGAAAACAAACAGAUUAUAAUCGUGAUCAACAAAAUCAACAACGUACACAUAGAACAAAAGAAGAUAUACAAAUAAUGAAUUUAAAGAAAAAAACACGUAAACGUACACGUAAAUUUGAAAUUGAUGGUGUUGUUGUAACAACAACAACAUCAAAAAUAAUAUAUGGUGAUGAUGAAAAUGGACGUGUUUAUGAUGAUCAAAUAUUUAGAAAACAAGAAUUACGUGAAUUAAAAUUAUUACAAAAAAUGGAACAAAAACAAUUUAAAGAUUUAUCACAAAAAGCACAAAUAUUAAAAGAAUCACAAGAAAAAAAAUUUGAACAAGAACGUCAAUUAUUAAUACGUAGUGCUGAAACAGAUCUUGAUACAUUACAACGUCAACAAAGACAACAAAUUGAACGUGCUGAAACACAACAAGAAACUGAUUUACGUUUAUCAUCUAAAAAAAUACGUACUGAACAAGAACGUGAUUUAAAACAAUUUCGUGAAAGUUUAAAACAAGAAUUACGUUUAUUAAAACAAGAAAUUGAUUUAAUGCCAAAAGAAAAACGUAAAAUAACAUUUAAAUUAAAAAAAGAUAAAUUAGAAAGUGAACAUGAUGAACGUGAAAAAUUAUUUAUGGAUAAAUUAAAUGAAAAUCAUGAAUUAUCAUUACGCAGAUUAUCUGAUUCACAUCGUGAAAAAAUUGCAUUAAUGGAACGUCAAUAUUUACAACAAAAACAACAAUUAAUGCGUGCACGUGAAUCAGCAAUAUGGGAAUUGGAAGAACGUCAAAUACAUGAAAAACAACAAUUAUUAAAAAAACAAUUAAAAGAUAUUUUCUUUUUACAACGUCAUCAAAUAAUAAUACGUCAUGAUAAAGAAUUGGAACAAAUGAAACGUAUGAAUUUACGUAAAGAGGAUGAAUUAGUUAAACGUCAAACAGCUGAACGUAGAAAUUUACCAAAAAGAAUUAGAAAUGAAAUGAAAGCACGUGAAAUGAUGUUUAGAGAAUCAAUGAGAAUAUCUGUUGCAUCAACACCAGAUAUUGAACGUGAUAAAUUAAAAAAAUUUCAAGAAAAUGAAAAAAAACGUUAUCGUGCUGAACAACAAAGAUUUGAAUUAAAACAUGCAAGACAACUUGAAGAGGUACGUGCACAGUGUGAUGCUGCUAUUAAAGAACUUGAACAAUUACAAAAUGAAAAACGUAAAAUGCUCAUGGAACAUGAAACAAUGAAACUCAAAGAACAAGAAGAAUCAUAUUCAAAAGAAUUAAAAGAAUGGAAAGCUCUAUUGAAACCACGUAAACAGAAAUUAGAAGCUGAUCUUCAAAGUAAAAUGGCAGAGUUGGAGUUUUACUACAAGGAUAUAUUACCUUCAAGAUUAUCCCGAAUGUCCCUAAUGACAAAUGAUUAUUCAAUGUCCUUACCAAGAUCAUCAUCAUCAUCAUCAUCCUUCUCUCACAAUCACAAUCCUAAUAAUAAUAGUAAUAAUAACAAUUAUAACAAUACAUAUCCAAGAUCAACAACUAUAAAUUCAUCUACUAAUAUCAUAACAAUACCAAGACCAUCAUUAAAAUAUAAUAGCACUGAUAAUUCCAAUUCCAUCAAUAAUAAUAAUAUUUCAAGAUGUUCAAGUUUUCAUACUCCAUCAUCAAAUCGUAAAUAAUUCAUGUGUUGUUUUAUCCCCAUUGGCUUUUUAUUCAUUUAAUUAUUAUUUUACAUUCCAUAAUAUAUACUUAAACACUAUAUGUACAUUUAAACAAUCACAUAAACAUAAACAACAACAUCUUCAUCAAUGUGUGUGAUCAUAAAAAAAAUAUAUAUAUUUUAUUAGUCGUAUUUUUUUGGUGGCCGGUUAUGAGCCAAUACUCUAGUAUUUUUAAAAAAAUAUUCAUUUGUUGUUAUUACAUUAUUAUUCGAAACGCUUAUUUGUUGACCUUUCAAUAUCCUAAUUAUACUGGCAGCGAUAAUUUUUUA